AGCUUCCUUCCUUCCUUCCUAUCUUGAUUCUCCCCUGUUGCACCACCGCUUUCUUUCUCUCUCGCCCUCUCUCUGCGUUGUUGGAGAACAUUCAGAAAAAAAAAGGAGAGUGAGCCGAAAAAAACAAUUCAGAAAAUGGAGAACAACGCAUUCAGAGAUCGAAUCUUGGAGGACAAUGAACACGAAGAAAUCCCUGAUUCCUUUGUUUGCUGCGUUUGUCUGGAUCUAUUAUACAAGCCCAUUGUGCUAUCUUGUGGUCACAUAUGCUGUUUCUGGUGUGUCUAUAAUUCAAUGAAUUGUCUGCGGGAGUCUCAAUGUCCAGUAUGUAGGAAUCAAUAUUAUCACUUCCCAACAGUCUGCCAAUUGCUUCACUUUUUACUUCUCAAGAUCUAUACCGCUGCUUACAAGAGAAGGGAAAACCAAACUCUUGAGGAAGAAAAGCAAUCAGGAUUCUACUCCCCUCAAUUUGAUCCUGAUACAUGUGAAUCACAAGCUAAAUUUGGUCAUUCUGGUAUCCCUAGUUCCUCCUCUAAUUUGAAUUUAACGUCCAACUCAUGCAAUGUGGGAACUUCUGAAUGUCUGGAGCAAUCAGGGUCAGCUGCCAAUGAAGGAGAUGAUGGCACCAUCUAUUAUGAUGGAGAGUCUGAUAUUAUUGGAACUCCUGCUAAAGGAAAAAAAAUGCCUCAGGAAGAGCUUUCUGUACAAAGGAAAUUAUCAGUUGCAGAUGUGACUUGUACGAUGUGCAAGCAACUGCUCUUUCAUCCUGUAGUUCUUAAUUGUGGUCAUGUGUACUGUCAAACUUGUGUCAUCAACAUAGAUGACGAGAUGCUCAGAUGUAAAGUUUGUCAAAGUCCACAUCCUAGAGGAUUACCAAAAGUGUGUUUGGAGUUGGAUCACUUUUUGGAGGAACAAUUUCCUGAAGAAUAUGGACAGCGGAGAGAUGCCAUUGAACUAAAGCAAAUCAAAGUCAAACCCGACACCCCUUCUUCUUGUUCAUUGGAUAAUGGUAAAAGAGUAGAAAAUAUAGAUUGGUGGUCUGAUCCUGACCCAAAAGUUCACAUUGGAGUUGGUUGCGAUUUUUGCGGGAUGUUUCCAAUAAUUGGAGAUAGAUAUAGAUGCAUUGACUGUAAGGAGAAGAUGGGCUUUGAUCUUUGUGGUGAUUGCUACGCAAGCCGCUCGAAGCUUCCCGGUCGAUUUAAUCAACAACACACCUCAGAGCAUAAGUUCAAGCUUGUACCACCGAACAUUAUUCAUAACAUGAUGUUGAGGCUGGCCACAGCACAGUUAGGAGAAGGUUCUAUUGACCUGGAGUCUAUAGCAAACAUAGAAGUUACUUCAGAUGGUGCCGCUUUGUUUGAUGAUGGAGAAGAUAACCACAAUGAUUCUGAAGCCACCAAUUGAAAAAAUGAGCUUAACAAAAAAAGUCCAUGAUCUAAUAAUUGAUGUUUUUGGUGGGGGGGUUAAGUGGAUAACUCCUAAUUGUGGGAGGAGCAAAUAAUGCAAUGUUUCAAGGAAGUUUGCUAGUCAAUUGGUUGAGGAAUUCUCAAUUCUACGUGGUCUAUGUGAUUUUCUAUUGCAUGCCAACUUGACAGUGUAUUUAUGUCUUAACUGAAUUUGUUUCCAGCUUGUGGCUAUUUUAUGUUAUUGCAUUAGGUGCACAAGCAAUUCUGUUACGCCUUGAUGGUAAGAAUCUUGUACUUAACCUGGUUAUUUGAACAUAUUCGGGAAUGUACAUAUUCUAGGAGUUUGUCUGAGAUCUACGAUAAUGUGUUUGUUGCAAUAAUAUUAAUAAUAAUAGGCACAUCAUUGUGAAUAA